GACACAAAUCAAGCUUAAGUGUCGAUUAAAACAAAGCAAAAAAAGUUCUCAGAAGAAAAAAAAAUAUAUGGCGAGUAAUAGUUUUCGUUCACAAAUUCAUCUUGGAGUAAUAAUAAUUUUAAUCAUCAUUACUCUUUUAACUCCGAUCACAACCUACAACACAUCACCACAACCAUGGAAUAUUCUUUCCCACAACGACUUUGCCGGAAAACUCACCACCGCCUCCUCCUCCAUCGAAUCAGCCGCUACAGAUUUUGGCCACGUCACCAAAAUCUUCCCAUCCGCCGUCUUAAACCCUUCCUCCGUCGAAGACAUCACUGAUCUCGUAAAACUCUCUUAUGACUCUCAACCCUCUUUCACUCUAGCUGCUCGUGGCCACGGACACAGCCACCGCGGCCAAGCCUCGGCUAAAGACGGAGUUGUGGUUAACAUGCGGUCAAUGGUAAACCGAGAUCGAGGCAUCAAGGUGUCUAGGACCGGUUUAUAUGCUGACGUGGACGCUGCUUGGCUAUGGAUUGAGGUGUUGAACAAAACGUUGGAGUUAGGGUUAACGCCUGUUUCGUGGACGGAUUAUUUGUAUUUAACGGUCGGUGGAACGUUAUCUAACGCCGGAAUUAGUGGACAGACGUUUCGGUACGGUCCACAGAUCACUAAUGUUCAAGAGAUGGAUGUUAUUACAGGGAAAGGAGAGAUUGCAACUUGUUCCAAAGAUAUGAACUCGGAUCUUUUCUUCGCCGCGUUAGGAGGUUUUGGUCAAUUUGGAAUAAUCACAAGAGCCAGAAUUAAACUCGAAGUAGCUCCGAAAAGGGCCAAGUGGUUUAGGUUUCUAUACAUAGAUUUCUCCGAAUUCACAAGAGAUCAAGAACGGUUGAUAUCAGAAACGGACGGUGUAGAUUUCUUGGAAGGUUCCGUUAUGCUGGACCAUGGCCCACCGGAUAACUGGAGAUCCACGUAUUAUCCACCGUCCGAUCACUUGAGAAUCGUCUCAAUGGUCAAACGACAUCGUGUCAUAUACUGCCUCGAAGUCGUCAAGUAUUACGACGAAACUUCUCAAUACGCAGUCAACGAGGAAAUGGAGGACUUAGGCGAGAGUCUAAACUUUGUAAAAGGGUUUAUGUACGAGAAAGAUGUGACGUAUAUGGAUUUCUUAAACCGGGUUCGAACCGGAGAGCUAAGCCUGAAAUCCAAAGGCCAAUGGGAUGUUCCACAUCCAUGGCUCAAUCUUUUCGUACCAAAAUCUCAAAUUUCGAAAUUCGAUAAUAGUGUUUUUAAGGGUAUUAUCCUAAGAAAUAACAUCACUAGCGGCCCCGUUCUUGUUUAUCCAAUGAAUCGCAACAAAUGGAAUGAACGGAUGUCAGCCGCUAUACCUGAAGAAGAUGUGUUUUAUGCGGUCGGGUUUUUGCGAUCGGCGGAUUUUGACGAUUGGGAGGCUUACGAUAAAGAAAAUAUGGAAAUAUUGAAGUUUUGUGAGGAUGCUAAUAUGAGAAUUAUACAAUAUCUUCCUUAUCAUUCAUCACAAGAAGGAUGGGUUAGACAUUUUGGUCCGAGGUGGAAUAUUUUCUUAGAGAGAAAGUACAAAUAUGAUCCCAAGAUGAUAUUAUCCCCGGGACAAAACAUAUUUCAAUAAAUAAACUUGUUUAGACGAUAAUGAAUUCUAUUGUUAGUUUAGUCUUUCUCGUCACUUUGUAAACAUUUCUAUUUAGUUCAAGCUUUUCUUUUUUUGUA